CUUCCUUAGACUUUCGAUCGACGAUCCUUUCGACUUGAGAUUGCCGAUUUCAUGGUUCUAUAAGUUAGUUCUCAUUCCUAAUUUACUUAUGAAGUACCAAAAUUGCUUGAGGUAGAAAUCGCUGUGACAACGGUAGAUAUAGAUCAUUGACCAUCCCAGCCGCCACCAAAAGGGGGUCCAAGAAUACUAAGGAGAAUGGCUACACCAAACACACUGGAACACAACAACUGGCUAACCGUUGGUGAAGCAUUAUUGGUAACAAAGACGGUACUGGAGCAUUAUAUUCAAAACGUUGUCAGUCAUUGGCACCAAAUGCUGUUGAAAAGGUUAAAGAAGGCAGGGCCGUGUGCCAGUCCAGCUAAGUGCGAACCUCCUGCUUUUUUAUGUCGUAGCUGUAAAGUUUGGUAUUAUGAAUUAUGCAAACAUCACAAGGGAGAUAGUAAAAAGAUAUCAUGGAACAAUACCAACUGUACCAAAUGGGCCCAACAAAGUCAGGGAGCCUGGGAAGUUGCUAAAGUGUUUAUGGCAAAUCUUGGUAAAAUGAAAUCCCAAGUGAUUGAUGCAAAGUCUACUGACAUCGCUGGUUUGCUUAAUAUCCUCCGAUUUUAUCCUGACGAAGCAUUUCGUGGUAAUCCUGUCUCACGCCCAGGACGACAAACGAUAGAAGAUGUAACGAAUCACGCUCGCAAUCCUUGGGCACAUUCUGCUAAACAGGAAAUGACCACGAAAGAAAAAGAGAAAUCUUUGAAGAGCCUUACACUGUUUUUGAAAGAAAAUGCAUUGAAAUCAGAAUCAGGCGUGGGAGAGGGACUGAAUGGUCUGCAAAAACUUGACAGCGAUGGAAUAACAAACAUUUCAAUUUCCGAAAGCAAUUGCUUAAAACUGCUUGCACUGGAAUUGCCUGCUAAAGUGGAUCAGAUAAAAGAUGAAGUCAAGGCUUUGAAAAGCACCUUAAAUCUUCAGGAAUAUGACAUCAGCCAAGUUAAAAGUACAAUCAGUGAUAUUUCAUCUUCAGUCGAGAGAAUGUUGAAAAACAAUAGUUGUGAAACCCAGCAACAGCGGAGUGAUUUACAAGUACUCAGGGAAGACGUCUGUGAACUUGAACAAGCGGUGGAAACUAAAUUAGCUAAUCUUGAGAAAAACCAGAAACAUUUAGAAGUCAGGCAAGAUAGGUUAGAAGAAAACAGAAGAAUUUCAGAGAAAAUAAAUUUGGAUGCUGCUUGUGAACCUCUCCAAAGCCGCUUGCCAGACUUCCAAGAUAAAGUGUUUGGGCGAGAUGCAGAUAUUGAGAAUGCUGCUAAUCUAAUUCGACAUGUUCAAAAACCCUGUGUUGUAUUGACUGGAGCCCCUGGUUUUGGAAAAACUACUGUUGCAAUUAAUUUGGCUCACGAGCUGAAAACAAGUAAAGUGUGUCUUUUUCAAAGUCUGCGUGAGAUGCGUUUGAGAAAAGAUGUUUGUAGUGCAUUGUUAGCUCAGGUUGGCCAACAUCCUAAAGAUAAUGAGAUGGAAGAACUACUUCAUUGGGCAAGGUCCUUGAAGGAGGAAGUAGUAUUCAUCUUAGAUAAUGCCGAGGACGUAUUGCAGAAUGAUAAGGAUGCUUUUUGUGACCUCUUACAAAAUCUGCGCAACAUCAAUUCAAGGUUUAUCCAGUUUGUAAUUACUUCGAGAGAACGUUUUGCCUUGUCUACAAUGGAGGUGACUGCGGUAGAAAUCAAAGAAUUGAAUACCGAAAAAGGGAUAGAAGUGAUACGCUCGAUGAUACCAGAAGGCAACAUUUGUGGGGAUUCAGAAACAUUCACGGAGCUAGUGAAUCUUUGUGGUGGUAUACCUUUGGCCCUCAGGAUGAUUGGUUCCAUUUUAGACUGCGUUGACGUCACUUCCUUGAUACAAGAGUUGAAGUCCUUUCCUAUGGAAACCCUUGAAGAUACAACGUUACCUUCUUACCACCAAAGUAUUCGUGCGGCAUUUGAAUGUUCUUUUCAGAAACUAGAUAAGUCUUUGCAAGCAAAGCUGGUGCGACUGUCAGUGUUUAGAGGGCCAUUCACACAACAGGCUGCUGCUAGCAUUCUAGAUUGUCAAAAAAGACAUGCUUUAGCUGGGAAAGUAUUGAGGGAGUUAACUAACAAAUCACUUUUGACUAAGUUAGAUGAUUCAGACAAGAGGUAUGAAAUGCAUUCUCUCAUCCAAAAAUACUUAAUGGAUGUCAAGAGGGAGCCAUACCAAAAUGACUUUGUUGAUGCAACAAGCAAAUUUAUCGACUACUAUACUUCAGUUAUUAUUGAAGGUCACAAGCUCUUCUGGUCCAAAGACGAAUUCAAACGCUCCAUAGAAAUGUUUAGGAGUGACAACCUGAACAUUGAAAUAGCCCUAGAGAUGUGCUAUCAAGAUGCAGAAAAAAUGCAAACAUUCUUUUCUAAUGUCUGGUCUGUCAGCAUGUACCUGGAGAUGUGUGUUUCUUUAGAAAAGCUUAACAAAUUCCUUGAAUCAUGCAGCAGUUCAGCGGCAACACAGAAUAAAAAUGGCGUGGAAAUGGGAGCUCAGUGCUUCCUUGCCUACUACGAAUGGAAAAAGGCUGGAGAUUCAGAAAAAUACCAAACAUUGUUCAAUAAUGCUAAGAAGUUGUAUGAGGAAGAGGAAAAAAGCCUAUGUCCCUCACAAAAAUGGCUAUACAAACAUAGUUAUGGAAUGCUACUUGAUCAGAAAAAAGAGUUUGAUAAAGCAUUUCAAGUUACUAACGAAGCUGAGCAGAUAGCUGAAAGCAACACUGAUACCACAGAUUUAGCAUUAACCCUCAAUCAGCUUGGUAUCAUUGAAAAGCAUCGUAAAAACUACAGAGAGGCAGAAUUAUGGUUGACAAAAGGUCAUGAGAAAAGGAAGGAGGUUCUUGGCGAGGAUCACAUUCUGAGUGUUCCAAAACAUCUCGCUGAUCUUUAUUUGCAACAAGGAAAACAUGCUAAAGCCUUGGUACUCUAUGAGAAGGGGCUACACACCUACAAGGCUAUUGAUAUGGAUAAAGAAAAACAAUGUAUCUAUCUACUGAAAAAUAUGGGAGCCUGCUGUUUUCAACUCGAGGAGGUGGACAAAUCGUUGGAAUAUUUUCACAAAGCAAUGGAGCUGGCAGAAAGGCGGUUGUAUGGAGACCAGAAAGUCAAAGUACUUCUCUAUUCAGAAUUGGCAAAUGUAUGCUCUAAGCAAAACGCGUCUCAAACGCGUGAGUAUGCGCAAAAUGCGCUUGAAAUGGCCAAAAGACUAGAAAUGUGGUGGGGUGGAAAACAGCAAACUGAAAACAUAAUGAAACAGUUGGACGAGGCCGAAAAGGCUGAUUGAGAAGGAAACUGAACACUGAACGAAGGAGAGAAUAUCGUGCCCAUAAGUGAGGCAGCAAAGCAAAUAGAAUCUAGAUGUAAAUAAGAAUGAUCAUUUGAAAAAUUCAGCACAGUUUGUAACGUACACCAGCAUUAGACUUUUUAUGUUAUAUAAAGUUAACCGACAAUAUAUACUAGAAGAGAAAGCAUUAUUUAGAACUAGUUCGAAACUUUGCUAGCUGAACGCAUAAAAUGGGUGUGCGCAACAAGAUGGACUCUUACCUGACCUUUAACGAUCACAUCACUUCACUUACAUCCUCUCUUUUAUACUUAUGUCAAUAAAGUUAGUCACCAAAAACCUAGAAAGCUGAGAUAACCGAGGAUCGUGGGAAACUUUCCAUAUCAAACAUGUAAAGCUUUUAUACUAUCAGCUUGAGGAUGCUUAGAAGAUGCGAAACUUUAACUUGUAAAAGAUGUUCAAGUCCACUGAUCAACAGCGGGUGAAACAUAUAAAAUGUAUCUACCCAUAUCAGCUUUGUAGCUUUCAGGUGACUAACUUUAUCGAAAUAAGUAUAGCAAUUUUAUGUCAAAUAAAUAGGGUCUGUAACUUAUUUUCUAGAGGGGUACUGUACAUAAUAUUGAACUCACUAGUCUUUGGUAACUGCUUACAGAUUUGGUCCGGGACCUCCAAAGAUAAUAUUAACAAACUGCAA